GUUUCCGUCAAAAUAAUUUCUUCUUUUCUGCCUGUUAUGCAAGGCUUUUGUAUUAGCAUGUGUACUGUGUCAGAAUUCACAUUAUAAAUCAAAGUAAAAAAGGUGGGUUUAAUUUUAGCAGAAGGUACUUGGAUAUUCAGUCUACAUUUGAGGUAGCCGUUAUUGUUUUGAUGUUGCUGUGUGACAUUCUGAGUUAGAUGGCAGUUUUCUAAUGAUGAUGUGAUUUAUGAUUUAAAAGGCCUGAACCAAAAUGGAAGUUAUUCCUUGCGUGUGAAGUAUAGCACCAUCAACUAAUUAGGGCACAGCAGAGUGAGUGUCCAAUGUCGCUCUGACCCAACUCUCUUGAUGAUGCAGUGUGUGUUUUGGAGAUAAAUGAUAUAACAUUAAACUCAAGGUGGUUGAGUUGCUGUAGGCAGUCGGAAGCAAGCCAAGCGAACAUCUUUCUCUCCAGGGGGACUUGGACAAACCCCAACCUCCCCCAAGGUUCCAAGAAGAGACUGAAGACUGCUGGAAUCUGUACUUUGUGCUGUUGCGCUCUGCUUUUCACAUGGACCAAUAUUGCUUGACUGUGCUGAAUUUUUUUAUUUUUUUUAAACCUAAAAACUGCUCCAUUAAGUUGCACUCAACCUUUUAACCCUUUGUGGACUUAGAUAUAUUUUCCACAUGUUACCCUCAUAGUGAUAUCCGUAUAUUGCAGGGGCAUGCAUGAAAAGUAUAAUCUAAAAGUAUAUUGAAAAUACUUAAAGUGGCUUUUAUUUUACAGAAAUUAAUGCUACAGUUCACAUUUUCUUUUGUAAUUCAUGAAUGCGUAGUGUAGGAUCUUAAAAAUUCUAGAGAAAUAUCAUCAACUGCACAGACAUAUAAUUUUGGAAACAUCCACAAAGGAUUAACAGGCCAUUUUGGUUAAGGAGAGCGAUUUGGUCUUUGGCAAAACGUAAGCCAGCAAAAUCCUAGGGAAAGUAAAUAUCUUACUCGUGUUUAAAAUAGUAUCGUGUAUUGUGUAGAUGUUUAUUAAAAUAGUGUUUCCUGACUCACCUGUAAAUUUUUGUUUUUUUCCAGAAUCCAGACUCCAAAAUGAUGCAGAUUAACCUGACAGGUUUCCUAAAUGGUAAAAAUGCAAGGGAAUUCAUGGGAGAGCUAUGGCCAUUGCUGUUGAGUGCCCAAGAGAAUGUUGCUGGAAUUCCAUCUGCAUUCCUGGAGUUAAAGAAAGAAGAAAUAAAACAAAGACAGAUUGAGCAAGAAAAAUUGGCAUCACUGAAAAAGCAAGAUGAUGAUAAAGAUAAAAGGGAGAAAGAUGACAGAGACCGGAAGGAUCGAUCUCGGAGUCCACGAAGGCGCAAGUCGAGAUCUUCAUCGCCUCGCAGAAGGUCGCCAGUUAGAAGAGAGCGGAAGAGAAGCCCUUCUCAUUCACCCCGUCCUGAGACAAAAAGUCGAAGUCCGUCUCCUGUUAUUGUGGCUAAACAACCAGACAUGCCAGAACCAGAAUCAUCUAUUAUAGUGAAGGAACCUUCUGUGCAGGAGGCAACUUCAACAAGUGACAUAUUGAAGUCUAUAAAAGAAGCAGACCCUGUUCCCGAGGUCAAGGAGACUUCGCCUGAACCAAAUAUUCGCAAGGUUAAAGAGCGAGAGCGUCCUAGACAUAAGUCACGUUCACGGUCAAAAUCUAGAUCUCGUUCCCCUUCUCAUUCUAGACCUCGGAGACGUCACAGAUCACGUUCAAGGUCGUAUAGCCCUAGGAGAAGACCAAGCCCAAGACGUAGGCCAUCUCCAAGGAGGAGAAGCCCUCCACGCCGCAUGCCUCCCCCACCAAGGCACAAGAGAAGUAGAAGUCCAGUAAGAAGAAGAAGACGUUCUUCAGCAUCUUUAUCUGGGAGCAGUUCUUCAUCAUCCUCUUCCCGCUCUCCUCCUCCACCUAAGAAGCAAACAAAAAGAAUAUCUUCCAGUCCUCCCCGCAAACCUCGACGCUCUUCGCCUUCUGCAAGCCCUCCUCGCAGGAGGUAUAGACCAUCUCCACCACCAAGCCCACCUAAAAGACGAUCUCCUUCACCACAGCAGUCUUAUCGUCCUAGAAAAACUCGAAAUUCUGCAUCCCCUCCCAGACCUCAAGCAUCAAAACACAAAAUUAUGGAGAAAAGAAAGACCCCUUCACCACCUCCAAAACCACGGAAAAGGGAACUAUCAGAAUCAGAUGAUGAAAAAUUUGGUCGAAUGGGUGCUGCAGAUUCUGUGCAGCAGCGACGUCAGUACAGAAGACAGAACCAGCAGUCUUCUUCAGAUUCAGGAUCAUCCUCCUCUUCAGAGGACGAGCGUCCAAAACGAGCCUCUGUGAAAAAUGGGGAAGUUGGAAGGAGACGACGCCAUUCAGCCUCACGAAGCCCCACCCCUUCCCGGAAGAGACCAAAAGAACCUUCACCACGUCGUAGGAGAAGGAGUCCGACUCCACCUCAAGCUAGAAGACGUCGCAGCCCUUCUCCAUUACCUCCACCGAGAAGACGCCGAACUCCUUCUCCACAGAGACGAAGAUCACCAUCUUCUCCCUCUCGUAGACAUUCUCCGUCUCAAAGACGGUACUCCCCGCCAAUUCAAAGACGCUAUUCCCCUUCACCACCACCCAAAAGAAGAACCUCUCCACCCCUUCCACAACCACCUCCAAAGCGUAGAUCCUCUCAGUCUCCACCUCCAACAAAGCACAGGCUGUCUCACUCUCCACCUCCCAAACAGAAAGGCUCUCCUCAAGGGAAGAGACGUUCCCCGUCACUGCCCUCCAAACACAGAAGAGGAUCUCCACCUGUUAGGCAAGUCAGAGAAGCACGUUCACCACCACCACCACCACAGACAAAACGACUGUCUCCAUCACCACAUGCGAGAGUUGCUCGCAGUUCUGAAAGUCCACCUACACAAAGAAGGGGUCCGUCAUCCUCUCCCCCACGGAGGCAGGAAUCUUCUCCGACUCGUCCCAUCAGAAGGGUGUCCAGGACUCCAGAACCGAUGAAAACCAAAAAUGAUUCUCCAAGUCCACAACCUGCUAGAAGAGUAUCUUCAUCCAGAUCUGUAUCUAGAUCCCCUGAGCCAGCGCCUAAAAAACAGGUGCCUCCAUCUCCAACAAGAUCACGCUCUCAGUCUGGCAAUUGGUCUCCCGCACCUGCAAAGAAAGCAAGGAGUAGUACUCCUAGUCCAUCUCCAGCUCAGACAUCUGAUCAAGAAGGUGGUGGAAAGAAGAAGAAGAAGAAAAAGGAUAAGAAACAUAAGAAAGAGAAGAAGCACAAGAAGCACAAAAAACACAAGAAGGAAAAAACUUCUGCAGCUGCUGCUUCUCCUGAAACAGGUGAACAGGAUGCAGGCACUGAAGCAAAGAAGGAGACUGAAAGUGACGGAGAAGGAAAUCUGGACGAUUUGGAGAAGCAUUUACGAGAGAAGGCUCUGCGUUCCAUGAGAAAAGCGCAGGUUUCUCCUCAGUCCUAGUUCUGCCUAUUUGCUACAAUGUAAAUUUAUUUUGUUUGUAUUCUCUCUCCCUCCCCCCCUUCUGUUUUUUUUUCAGAAGGCUGUUAAUGCAUUUGAACUUUUACAGUUUACCAUUUGUAAUUAGGUUGAAGUUUUGCCAUGUCUUUCAGAGCUAAGUGGUAUUAUUGACUCAUUUCAUAUGUAGUUCUUGGGAGGAUUUUGAUUCGCAAGGCAGGGGCCAGUUUGUAAAACUUCUAAAGCAAUGAGUAUGUGUUGCUCCCCUCUGCAUGUACAUGGCUAAUCUCCGAAAUGUUUAUUUUCCCACCGUUAAUAUGCCACGGAUUUCCCAGGUUGAAUAAAAAUUGUACAGACUUUUUGUUUGUUUUAAUAAUCUGUGUGAAGAGCAUACCAAGUGAUUACUAUUCUGAUAACAAAGUGCAAAUCUCAUUGGUCCUUCAGGAGGUAUCAAUACAGCUAGAACAAUAUAAUUGGGAUAAUGGUAUACUUGCUUGUAAGAUUACAAGAACCUUAUCCCUGAAUCUAGACUAGAGAUCAGCUGGUAUGCCAGAAUGUUGGUUAUUUCUUAUACAACCCUAAUUUGGAACACUGGAAUUUAGGGUGAUAUUGUUUUGGGGGGUUUCUGUUUUUUGGGUGGGGUGUUUUAAGAGGCAUCAAGUUACCUUUGUUCCAAAAAGUUGCACAAAUCUUUGUCUCCUGUCAGUUGGGUACAUCUCCCCACUUUUGUUACUGCUCUUAAGGAGUGUCCUGGACUUUGGAUAUUGUAAUGUCCAUUUUUUAUUUUAUUUUUUGUUUUGGGUUUUCUUUUUUCGCAAGAAAAGUUGUUUAAAGCUUGUGGAUUAAACAAAGGUAAAUUUCUACAUUUAAAA